AAAGUUUGUGGUUGAUAUUGUUUGUUUCUUUUACAUUUUACUGUGAUUUUACUGCUUUUAACAUUACUUUCUGAUUUUGACAAUAAUAUAACUAUUGAGCUAGUUAAAGAUAGAAUUCAUUGGCUCAUUUUUGAUGUUUUUCUAGUAUUUUCUGUUGUAAAGUUGUAGGCUUAAAUUUUUUUAAGAAUAAUUGGCAUGUUUUCGUAUGUCAAGUUUCAAACAUUUUAUUGUUAAAACUUGUAGCAUGUUUUACUGAUAAACUUGUAUUGUUUUUUUUAUAAAAAAGAGUUUUGCAACACCACAUUAGCAAGUUAGUUGGAUUUAAGAAAUGGCGACCAAGAGAAAUGCUCAAGCCGAACUUCCCACGGCUAAAAAAAGGAAAUUCGGAAAUGUCGUCAAUUCAGCAGGCUCACAACAAUCAUCCAAUGAAACCACUGCUAUGAGAGUGUAUGUGCGUGUCAGGCCACCAAAUACAAAAGAAAUGAGUGAAAUGUACAGAAGCGUGUUAAGAGUCGUGGAUUCGAAAAUGCUGGUUUUUGAUCCCAAGGAGGAAGAGGAGCAGUUCUUUUUUCGUGGUGUGAAACAGAAAAUGAGGGACAUGACAAAGAAGCAGCCGAAAGAAAUGGGAUUUCUUUUCGAUGGUGUAUUUAACGCUGAAGCCACAAAUGUCGACGUUUACAACAGAACCACUCGCAGUAUAAUUUCAAAUCUUCUUGAAGGAUAUAACUGCUCAGUAUUUGUGUAUGGUGCUACUGGCUCAGGAAAAACUCACACUAUGCUGGGGUCAAGAGAGAAUCCUGGAAUAAUGUACCAUACCAUGGUCGAAUUGUAUGCUCAGAUUGAAAAAGUCAAAGCAGAUAAAAAUUUUCAAGUGGGAGUUACGUUUGUUGAGGUGUACAAUGAAAACGUGCACAACCUUCUAAACCCGUCAGGCCCGAUGCACCUUCGAGAGAGCGCAACCGGAGUGACGAUUGCUGGCCUGAAGGUGGAGGACAUAGUCAACGCCGAUCAUCUGCUGGAGAAGCUGGCUGAGGGCAAUCGCAAUCGCACCCAACACCCCACCGAUGCAAAUGCCGAAUCGUCAAGGUCACACGCUGUGUUUCAGGUCUAUGUCAGAAUGGCCACCAAGAAUGGCAACCAAGUGAAAAUUGUCAAACUAUCCAUGAUUGAUUUGGCUGGCUCUGAAAGAGGAAUGGUCACUGGCUGCAGUGGCUUGCGUUUCAAGGAAGGAGCCAACAUUAAUAAGUCACUUCUGGCACUGGGUAACUGCAUAUGCAAUUUAGCUGAUGGUUUGAAGCAUAUUCCCUACAGGGACUCAAAAUUGACUCGACUUUUGAAAGAUUCCCUUGGUGGAAACUGUCAUACAAUUAUGAUUGCCAAUGUCAGUCCUUCAGUGGCUUCGUAUGAAGAUACUUACAACACUCUCAAGUAUGCUACUCGGGCUAAAAACAUUAAAACAAAGGUUACGAAGAAUGCUAUGUCCGUAGACCUGGAUGUGGGGCAUUACGUAAAAAUGGUGGAAGAGCUGAAGAAGGAAAUCGUUCUACUGAAAAGCCAAACAAAAGCACAUUCAUCGGCACGAUCUUUUCCUCCAAACUCCGACUUAUCUGUCUGGUGUCGAGCUCUAGAUGAGAUAUUUGAUGAAAGAAUCGAAAUUAUGAAAAGUAUUCUCACUUUGGAGUGUAACCAAAAACUUCUCGCGUUGAGAAAAAAACGAAAAUUGUUCAUGGCAAAUUUGCUAAAGGAAACACCUGGAAGCCAAGCCCAGGGAAUUGAGAAGGUGGAAGAAGCACUGAGACAAUACAAUGCGCGAAUGGAGGCAAUGGUUUCUGCGCAGGCUGAACAGAGAAGAUGCCAGAAAAGCAGUGAUGAGAAACUGCAAAAGCUUUUCAUUGAAAUGGAAGAGGCCAGAGUCACUCAAGAUAUGGUCAAAGAAUUCGAAAUGAGAGAUGAAAAGUUGAAUAGAAUUCUUACCGAAGUGAAACUGGAUUACAUGAAAAAAGCUUUCAUGAUUGAUCAAAAAGAUAGUUCAACGAAUAUGCAGUCUAUCAAAACUCUGUUUGAAUCUUUCACCGAGUUCUACAAUAUCCUGUCAGGAAUGAAUUGGAUCACAGACAAAAUGGAAUCGACUUAUCAAAUAAAACUCAAAUAA